CUCUCCAUCCCGGAGCUGCUGGAGCUCAUCCUCGUCCGCCUGGACAUGCGCACGCUGCUCCUCUCCCAGGGCGUCUGCAGGACCUGGCAAACCAUCAUCACCCGAUGCCCUCACCUCCAACGAGCCCUCUACUUCCAACCCUGCCGGUCCUCCCCCCCAGGGACCACCUCCCAGGACCGGCCCCUCAACCCCCUCUUCCAGUCCAUCAUCAGCCCCUACAUCAUCAGCGAGACGGGACCCAAACGCCCCAACCCAGCCACCAUCGCCGCCAUCUCCGAGCCCACGGCCAGCUGGCGCCGCAUGCUCAUCCGGCAGCCCCCGACCUCCCUCCUCACGGUGGUC